CUCUGCCUGACCUGUGGACUGGACAUUUCCUGUAACAUAUGUAAUGUUCUAAGAUGCUCCAGUCCUUACUAGUCUCUGGUUCAGGCUGGGGGUACGCGGCUGCGCUGGGGGUACGCGGCUGCGCUGGGGGUACGCGGCUAGGCUGGUACAACUUGUGCAGUUUUUAUCAUUAAAAAUGACCUUAAUAAGAUGGGCUUACUUCGUCUCGCCUCUAUCACGUGUCAAUUAUUUUAUUAUAAUUAUUUAUUUGCAUAAAUUACUGUAUCAAAAUACGAAGCCGCGUUAAUGAGGCAUGAAGCCGAGUUCAGCUUAGUAUUUUAAUGCAGUAAUUAAUGCGAAAAACAAAGUGAUACGUGAGCGAGGCGAUAUUUGCAGAAACUUCGGAAAGACCUCCGCGGCGGCCAUACCUUUUACAGUAGGACGGAGCCCAUGUUAUUUAUGAAGGUUUUAAACAAAUCGAGUCUGGCUACAGCAAUCUGAACCCUAGAGGUAACCAUAGGUCAUUAAUUUCAAUGGACGAUGUGCGUCUAUGCAAUUAAAGGGCAGUCCGCAUGUCAGUGAAUUUAUCGCUGGGUUCACAUGUGGUGGAAACUCUGCAAAUUCCCAAUUGGGCGUUCUUGUGCGACAAAUCCGCAGCCACGUGGAGGAGGCCAGAAAUGUGCCGUGUAAAUGGAGCUGUGGUGCCCCAUUGAAAUCCACCACAUGUCAGAUUAUGCUGCCGAUCUCCACCUUUCCCGUGGAGGGGGAUCCAUUCCACAGCCAUUUUGGCUCCUGUGUACUUUUACACAGGCCGUUGAUUGGGGCAGAUAUCGGGGAAGAACGCUCGUCCCUGAUAAUUGCCCUACAUGAGGCUGCCUCCGAUCAGGUGACGGAAUAGUUGGUGUGGCACUUGAAAUUAUAAUUUCUGGGCAGCAGAUGAAGCUAUAUACACAGGGAUCUGCUGCCCAGAAACAAUGAAUGUUUGGGGAUGAGUGACCCCCAUAUAGCAGAGGUGAUUGCUGCACAUAAAUGCCGCUCUCACGUCAGAUAAGCAGGAAAUUAUCAGGAAUGAACCGCUUGUUCCCAAUAAUUGCCUGAAAAAUGGACCUGUGCUAAAGAACCGUUUCAAUAGGAAAUUACCAUUUCUUGCUUGUUUAACCGCUUGACUACAUCUGCCAUAUGUGUACAACGGAUGUCUUCUCUUUAAAGGAUGGCGCCCAAUCCAGAGCUGGUGGCAUAGUCGCUGGGUGCCUGUUGUUUCACACAGAAGACCCCUGUAGCUAAUGCCCGUGAUCAGCAAUAUUGCCAAUCACAGACAUAUAACCCCUUAAGGACUUAAGACGUACCGGUACGACAUGGUUCCAGAGUCCUUAAGGACCCAUGACGUACCGGUACGUCAUGUGUUGUUCCGAUCACCGCCGCCAGUCAGUUGUGACCAUGGUUGCUUUCCCUGGGACUUCUGCGCUCCCGGACCAGAAUGGCUUCUCUGUGCUGAGACUGGGGAAGCUGUUUGUUGCUGGUGAUAGGCUGCAGCAUGUAAAAGGCUACCAUGGCGAUCAGGAAUUUUGUCCUGGCGCCUGGGUAUUUGCCCUCACAUGGCUGCCCCCAGUAUUCCCGGCACUCUGCCGCCUCUACGUGGACUUCUUGGACAGUCUGGCAGGGAAGGAGUUACCUGGAUCCGCCCUGCCCGCUCACUGGAUGCUGCUCGUGGCUAGAGACAUCGGCUUCUCUAGGUCUGCAAAUUUCGGAUCCACAAAACACAGAUACCGGCCAUGUGCGUUCUGCUUUUUACAGAACGUCCAGCCCAUAAUAGAACAGUCCUAUCCUUGUCCGUUAUGUUGUAUAUUUUUUGUGGGGCCGCAGAACAGACAUACGGAGGCGGACAGCACACGGUGUGCUGUCCAUAUCUUUCGCAGCCGCAUUGAAGUGAACGGAUCUGCAUCUGACUUGCAAAAAGCGUGGAUCAGAUGCGGGAAAAAAAACAACGGUCCUGUAAAACGCCUGUGCCUUUUGUUCCGGUUUUGGGUGGACAAGCAGGGGCAGCUGCUCAGUGUUAAUAAGUUACUGCCGGCUCUGGGUAGGAAUUUACUGAUGUGUAAUGUAGUGGACGGAGCAGCGCACUUUACUGCAGGCUUGUACAGACCGGAGCCCGGUGGAGACGCCAGAGGUGGAGGGCGUUCCAGAUUGGAUUCAAAAGGUUGAUGUUGGGGUCUGGCCAAGGUCUCCAACGAGCAGUCCAGCAUAUCUCUGUCCGCUUCCUGCCCCAGAGAGGUAUUUCUCACUUUCCUCCACUGAGAAUGCGGCUAAUUCAGUUUCGGAGCUCAACGUCGGCAGGUCAGAGGAUUGGAUUAGAGCUGGAUGGAGAAAAAGUCGUGGACCUGAAUGCCUUUGAUUCCUCCCUUCCAUGUGGGAUGAGAGAAUUCCUAGAAGGUGGUGACGCAUCCCUGCAGAUAGCUAGGAGGGCCCUGGAUUCUGGACAGCACAUCCUGAGCCGCUCUCAGCUCUCUAUCUUUUCUCCAAUCACUAAUCCCGAGAAGGUUAUUUGUGUUGGGAUGAACUAUGUUGACCAUUGCCUGGAGCAAAAUGUUCCUGUUCCAAAAGAACCUAUCAUCUUCAGCAAGUUCCCCAGCUCCAUCGUUGGUCCAUAUGACUCCAUUGUCCUUCCUGCGGAAAGUCAGGAGGUGGAUUGGGAAGUUGAACUUGCUUUUGUCAUAGGAAAAAAAGGGAAAAAUAUCAAGGAGCAGGACGCAAUGGAGCAUGUGGCUGGAUUUACUGUGGCUCAUGACGUUAGUGCUCGUGACUGGCAAAUGAAGAAGAAUGGCAAGCAGUGGCUGCUGGGUAAAACAUUUGACACCUUCUGUCCCAUGGGCCCAGCGCUUGUAACUAAAGACUCUAUUUCAGACCCCCACAGCCUUGGAAUUCGCUGCCGUGUGAACGGGAACCUCGUCCAGGAUAGUAACACAAACCAGAUGGUUUUCAAGACAGAAGCUCUCAUUUCCUGGGUCUCCAAAUUUGUCACGUUAAAUCCAGGAGACGUAUUUCUCACUGGGACACCGCCAGGAGUCGGCGUAUUCAGGAAACCACCUGUAUACCUUAAGGCAGGAGAUGUGGUUGAAUGUGAAAUCGAUGAGCUAGGAGUGAUCAGUAACCCUGUGGUGUGAAGAUCUGCACUUACAGAAGAAUGGAUACUGCAGCGUACAACACUCAGAUUUAAUAAUGAGCCAAAUCACAUGUUGUGCCGCAGAGACCCCUCGUUCACGCUGCGACAGCUGACAGAAGCCUGUACGAAGCAAAUCUGUUUCACUAAUAGUCAGUUUUUAAACAAUCUAAGUGGGAAACGAAACAAUGUAAUAACACUAACUUUCCAAACAAUGUAAUAGCAGCCAAACAUGUUUUAACAAAAUAUUCACUUUCCAGCACUGUGGUCUGUUCAGAUGUCUCCUCCAUGUUCUGGCUGAAUUCUAUUGCUGUUCAUCGUCUAUAUAUAAACUGCUGGAUGAAUGACGUCAGUUUCGUGCAGUUUUCCUCCAGUAGAAAGGUCUCUGAGAGGUGGAGAAUUGAUCCGUGGCAGCUCGAUGAACGCUCAAACACCUGCAAAUCCAGAGUUGUGUACACUGUGCCAUUAACUGGUCGCCAAAGUAUGGGUUUUAUAUCUGGUAUAAUCAGCUCGAUGCAUAAUUUACAGGAAAAAGAUGACUUUAUGUUAGAGAAAUGGUCUUCAACAUUAACUUUCUUAGAAGGCAAAGCAAAUCUAGUUUUGAGACUACGGAGGGUUUUGGAGGAAACCUUCCAGAUCGUACAAUGGCAGUCAAAUAAAUUUGCUGAAUCAAAUUGA